UCAAACGUAAGAACACUGCUUGUUUCGCUAUUAAAUCUUCGUAUAGUAACUAAGCAGACAUAAGAAGGAAUCGCAUUCUUCGACAUUGAAACGAGUAAAGGUCCCAUUUCCCAACCCAGAAAAUCCACGAAUCGGCCAUUACCGAUGAUGAUGGCGCUUGGUUACACGACAUACAGAUAAAAUUCCGAUAUACCAAUAUUUCGAGGAACAAAUGUCAUGGCGUAGCAAAAGAGGAAUAAAAUAUAAAGGAAUGCAUCACAGCAGGGCCACGUGGGGUCGAAGCCAAUAGCGAAAGUUGUCUGGCUUCUCAACUUCUUGCUGAAACUGAAAGCGACAGGCAGCACUGUUCUUUGCUUCUUUCUUCCACGGACAACGCUGUGUUCUUAGUUCUUGUGCGGUUACAGUGUGUGUGGACGCUGCUUUAGAAGUGCCGAUUUAUGGACUGUAUGGUAUAAGUUGGCUGACUGGGAGCUCCAGGUUCGUGUCUCCCUGCCAUCUUCCCACCCGAUCGAUCCGGCCCUGGACUGUUCGACCCUGCUUAAGGCCCUUAUCAGCAUGAACGCCCUCCAUCUAUUGUUCCCACUCCUAAUUGCUGUUGCUUUGGCAGCGCCAAGACCUCAAGAAAAGUCGGUCGAAACUCAAAAACCCCAACAAGACGCAAAAUAUGUUUACAUUCAAUCAACAGGUCCAGGUUCUAGGCAGAUCUCGAGAAAGGACAAGACUGAGCCUGAGAGACCUUUCGAAACCUCCCACAAACUACCAGCAAGCUUAACCUACCUGCUCAAACCUGCAGAAGAUGAAAACGAAGGAGAAGAAGAGAUGGCGAAGAUAGAAAAGGUUAAAAAACUGAAGAAAGUGGUGAAAAGGGCAGCGCCAGCUCCUGCAGGUGCCAUAAGGCUGGACGUUAAGAAACUUCUUGAGAAAUACAAGGAUGAGUUAGCGACCAGUACCACAACUCCAAAACCUCCAACCAAAACCCCCAGCAGGAAAAGUAGAGCGAGGGCUAAUCAGAAGAAAACGGAGAACCGCAGGGUCAAGAAGAGCGCUGAAGUAACCACAGUCAGCUCGGUACUUACCACCAGCAAGAUUGCACCGAAGGCAGAAGAUGAGGAUGUGCCGUUGUUGGCAAGUGGAAGCGAGAAACAAAGGUCAAGAAUUCAGAUUAAGAAAGGACCAAAUGGACAAGAAUACGAAUACGAAUAUGUCUACUAUUAUUACGAUGAAGAAGAUGACGCCAAAGACAACAAAGAAAAGCAGCCUGCAAAUGAAGAGAUAACGAACGCUCAUGAUGGACCAGCGAGAAACGAAGUAGUAGAAAAGACCACCACACCUUCUCGACGCAGAACCACGGAAGCUGCGAAGACAACCGUGGCACCGGAAGUGAACGAGGUGCUACCUUCCUCCACGAGGGGUAGGAGCAGACACGUCGCCCAACACAGCGAAGAAGCUGUAUCAGAGGAAAGACUUCCGGCUAGUACAAGGUUUCCGCCUAGGAGCAGAAACUUGAACACCACUCCUCUGGCCGAGGAGGCUAGCUCUGAAAGACCCGCUAGCACAUCAAGACCUCGAAUCAGAAGGCCGCAGAAAGAGAACGUUGAGACCGAUAAUGUCACUGAUGAGACGCAGGGAUCGAGAGGUCGUACUCGUGCCAACGUUAAGCGACCAUCACUAGAACUCAUCGACAGUGAUACAUUCAACACAAAUUAUAACGCAGCCGCUCCCCAAUCAGACCAGCAAGGGGGCCCUUCCUUCCCCACCGAUCUUCCUGCCGGUCCAGUCCGCUUCCUUGGAGUAACACCCAAUGAGAGUGUCAACUUGCCGCAAUCCUCGCCAAAAGAAGAGACAUCAAACCAGGCAGUUGAACAGGUGGCAUCGUCAACAGGUGAUGAAAAUCUUAUCUCCGAAAAAUCCAAGGAACAAACCAUCACCGAAGAAACUGUUGGUGCUACAGAUCCAAUGGAUAAAGUAGCUCUAGACUUAUAUGCUAUUUCACAAGGAAAUCAGAAACUACUUGGCGAAGACUCCAAUCAAACUGAUGGUGACUUCGAUAAGGAUUCUGAUGAAGAUUCCACUACAGAAACUUCAACCACAACUACCCCCUUACCAACAACCACUACAACAACCACCACCACCACCACUACUACACCGGCGCCAACAACCACCACUACGACCACUACUACCACAACACCAGCGCCAACGACUGAAGCAUCGCUUUUCGGAAGAGGAAGGUAUAGAGGAAGACUUGGCAAUAAGAAGACAACAGCUCACUCCACUACCACUGAAUCUUCAUCCAGUGAGGGAAGCAGCAAACCCAAAAAAUUCGGGGGAAACAGAUCUUCUUUCGGAAAUAGAAGAACUGGAUCAAGAACUACAACAACGGCUUCUCCUGACGAAGAUAAAGUUUCUCGAGAGAACGUGAAACCAGUAAACAGUGGAAGGCCUAACACUCGUAGUCGAUUUGGUUCAGGCAAUAGAAGCAGGGGACGUACUACGCCCGCUAGUCCCUCUGAAGAAUCCCAAGAUUCAAACAGUGUAACCCCUUCCACCAGCGCUCCAAGGCCAUCACGUCCCAGACCUACCUUCAAUAUUAGAGGUAGAACAAGACCCACUCCCGCUCCUGCUGUAACUGAAGAAACAUCACCAGGUGAAGAAAACCCUGCCACAAGUGAAGCCUCAGUUAGUACCACGGCCAAAUCAAGGAGGAUUCAGCCAGGUGCUCACUCCGCUGUGAGACCACUGAGGCCAGGGCCAAGGCUCAAUUUAGCUAACAGACGUAUAGGUAAUCUUCAUCCAACCACUUCGACUGAAGCUCCGGCACAAGAGGAUAAUGCAACCGGAGAGGAAGAAACUCAAAAGGAAGAAGAGAAAAAGGAAGAAACCUCAGAACCAACAGUACCAACUGACAAUAACCCAAUCAACCGUCUCCGCAAUAGAAACAGAAUACAAGUUGGAACAGGUUCCAGGCCUAAGGCCUCCGCAAGUUCUCCCGUACAGGUUCGUAGGGUCAAUCCACUAUUAGCCAGGAAAAGACCUGGCCAAAAAGUAGAAGUGUCGUCAGAAGCUCCAGCUGAAACUCAGCCAACCGAAGCUUCUACGGAUGUCGAAGAGGAAGAGCCUGCUGAGACAGUUGUAGUGUCUUCAACAACAGAACAACCAAGAGGGUUGGGCAAACUGCUAGCAGGUAGAAGAAGAUUAGCAGGCAACCAUAGGCUGCCAGGAGGUAAUUGAUAGAUGGAAAUGAUAAAUUUUUUCGGUAAAAAAUAUUACGUAAUAAUAUACGAAACUGAAACAGUUGUAUACUCAAUAGUGCCUCAAUUAUGUUGUGAUUUCUCGAUUUUUUCCUCCCAACAAAUCAUCUGAGAAAGACAGCCCUAUAAAACUCACAACAUGUUUCUCGAAUUUGUAGGUAUGUAUAGUUUCAAAAGAAACUAAACAAAAUUAUGCAAAACUCGCAAAAUGCAAUGUCUAUUUGAUACCGGUUUAUCUGUUUGUAAAUAUAGAUAAGAAUAUUUAAGUUAAAUCAAUUACACGUCCAAUUCACUCUAGUAAGACCAGUAAGCAAAUACUUAUUUAUAAUGUAUCUUAAAAUGUUGUGAAUCUGAUAUUCACGAUACGGACAUCCUAAAUUGAUGUAAUGUAUUCAUCUCAAAACUGCUUUGUGUACUUUUUUAAUAAAUAUAAAAAUUUU